AUGGCUGCUAAGCUUCAGUUUGGGCGGCCUAGCGCCGACGGCACGAAGAGCAUCGUGAAGCCGAUGAGGUUUAAGGUCACGGUGGAUGCUCAGAAGAUAGUGGAUUCGCUUCGCCCAGCUCUAGAGCCUCAGCUCGAUCGCAUUCGGUCUCACGAGGGUCGUGAGAUCUUGAAGAUCUUGGACACGAAGGUGGCCGAAGCCGAUGUGGUCGAGAAUUUCGAACUCUCGAAGGCUUAUGUUGUUGGAAUUCUGCGGCAAGGCAAAGACUUGCCGCAUGCAAAAGAACACUAUGCUGCCGUCCUCUUUCUUGGCUUCAACUAUGGCUUCUGGUCGGAGCAGUAUUGCAAGGGGCGAGGCAACAAGGGAAAAUUGAAGCUGAUUCCUCUAGUUUGA